AUGUUACUUUCCAAUUAUUGCGCGUUAGGUGCAAUAUUAAUAUUUAUUGUAAUUGUUAGCUUUACAUUAUUUUAUAUUUAUAAUUUUAAUCUAUUUAAACCAGCUGCUUCUUAUAUAUUUAUCAACAGGUAUUUAGAUGCGAACUUUUUUUGAUGAAUAUUUGGUCUUAUAACAUUAUUUUAUUUAGAUAUUUUUACUUUUAAGGAUGUUUUAUUUUUAGAUAGAGAUAGCAAUAUUUCUAAUACUAUCAAUGUAGGAGCAAAUAUUGAAGUAGAUAAAGAUGCUGCGGAAGCUUUAGUACGUAAUGUAGGGCUUUCUACUACAACAGGCCUAAUGGCAGGAGCUGUAUGUAAAACAAUAUCUAAAUCAAGUUUACCUCCUUUACAAAGAGCAGGUUUAGUGUUGGCUAGUGGAGCCAUAGGAGCAGGUAUUCAUAUUAUAAGUUCAAAUUUAAAUAGAGUAAUAAGUAAUAAUACAACUAAUAAAUCGUCUUUUACUUCAACGUCUAUUUUAAAGGAUAAUUCUCCAUCUUCUAAAACUAAUAUUGUUUCUAAGUUAAUAGAUGAUUCAAGGUCCGAAGGAAACUUAGUGGGUCAGGAUCAGCUAGCUAAUAAUAGUGAAUUAAUGAAUGUUUUAAUUGGUUUAGAAAUGAUAACUUACGGAUGUUUAUAUUUAAUUAUUAUUUUAUUCAUGAUUAUAUUAUUGAAGUUUUAUUUAAAAUAA